AUGGCUGUUCGCCAACGCAUAACCGCUCCGUACACUGGAACCAUCGAUCCCACAUACAGACUCGUAACGUCCUGGAUACUCCCACCUGGUGUUUUUUUUGGCUUUCGAGCCUUGCUUUCCCUCUAUGCUUUUGCGACUCUGUUCACCGUCUUUGGCUGGAAUGGCAGCCAUGGCAGGUCGGAAGAAUCGCGACAUUCCUUUUCUUACUUUACGCAUUUGACGUAUUGGGGUCUUGCCUUCUACUAUGCGUUCAGUGCCAUACAUACAGGCAGCUAUUGGCUCACCGGAACUCCCUUCCUAGCUCGUUGGCCGAAAGCGCUCCAGAUCGCCCACAGCAUGUUUUACUCAACUAUUGUGAUCUAUCCUUGGAUCGUUACUGCUGUCUAUUGGGGUCUCCUUGCACCGGGUCGCUUUCCUUCCGCAUUUUAUCUCUGGUCAAAUACUUCCCAGCAUGCUCUCAACUCGCUCUAUGCGUUCUUCGAGAUCUUCUUUCCCCGCACUGAGCCGUUGCCUUGGCUUGACCUCGUCCCAACUGUUAUAUUACUGGCUCUGUAUCUUGGACUAGCCUACCUUACGCAUGCAACCGAGGGAUUCUACGUUUACGGCUUCCUGGACCUACAGGAGCACUCAUCUGGCGUUGUUGCUGCUUACAUCAUCGGCAUCUUGGUAGCUGCCAUCGUUAUCUUCCUGAUUGUUAGAUAUCUCAUCAUGUUGCGUGUGUGGGUUACGGAGAAGAAGAUGGGCAAGACUGGCAAAUUCUCGAGUCGUGGAAAGCUGGAGGAAACUGGAAAGACCAUCCCGCUACACCAUGUCAGCCAGAAGUAG